AUGGUCCUCUCGAGCAAUGCUACCCGCCUGCUUCUACAGAAAGCAACCAAGAUUUCUCCUUGUCUCUAUCGGCAUACAGCCACUCGUUCCAUUACAGCCUCGAAACUCACUUUGGAAUUAAAGACAGAUGAUACUGCCUUCAAGAAUCGACCCAAAAAGGAAGACUUGGCAUUUGGGCAAACCAUUUCGGAUCAUAUGCUAAUGGUUCCCUGGAGUGUUGAAAAUCAAUGGGGAGAUCCCAAAAUUGUGCCUUACGAGGAUCUCAGAAUUAGUCCAGCCGCUUCUUGCCUCCACUACGGACUGCAAUGCUUUGAGGGAAUGAAAGCCUACAGGGCUCUUGAUGAUCCCGACUCGCUCCACUUGUUUCGACCCCACAAGAACAUGGAACGACUCACGGGAUCGAUGGAACGUCUUAGCAUGCCAGGGGCCGACUUUGACAAUGGCGAAUUGGUUAAACUCAUUGAAGAACUCGUCAAGGUCGAUCAAAAAUGGAUCCCUCACGGGGAAGGAUAUUCUCUCUACAUUCGACCCACUGUCAUUGCCACUCACCGAUUUCUAGGUGUGGCGCCACCCAACGAUUUGCUGCUCUUUGUCAUUACCAGUCCGGUCGGUCCAUACUACAAAACUGGAUUCAAACCCAUUCGAUUGACGUGCGAUACACCCUUUGUCCGUGCAUGGCCGGGUGGAACCGGAAAUUCCAAAGUGGGAGGCAACUACGGUCCCACCAUGAAGGCGCAAGCUGACGCAGCAGCCCGAGGAUACUCGCAGGUGCUGUGGUUGUUUGGAGACAAAGAAGUCGUGACCGAAGUGGGAGCCAUGAACGUAUUCUUUUUGAUUCAAAACAAACAAACCAAUCUGCCGGAACUCAUCACGCCACCUCUCACGUCGGGAGAUAUUUUGCCCGGUGUCACGCGGGAUAGUAUCAUUGCCUUGGCCGAGGCGUGGGAUGACUUGACAGUUGUAGAACGGGCACCCACCAUUCAUGAAAUCAAGGAGGCGGCCGAAGAAGGACGACUCUUGGAAGCUUUUGGAGCCGGGACUGCUGCUGUGGUGACACCCAUUGAUUGCAUUGAAUACAAAGGUCAGGACAUCAAUGUACCCGCCGAUGGCAAGUUGACACAGCGUAUAUGGGAUGCGGUGACUGGUAUUCAAUACGGACGACGAGAGGGCCCCGAGGGAUGGUGCCACAAAAUUCAGUAG